AUGGAUAUCGAUAACAACAAAUAUUACAUUGAAAGCGAACAGAUUCCUGAAGAUGACAAUGCAUCUUCUAUAGUAUCGGUUAAAAUCGAAGAUUUACCAGACACAUUGAAAGAUGAUGACCUUGAUCCACUUGUCUUGAGAGUCAAGGAGACGAUAAAAGACUCAGAAGCAAAGGAAAGGUUUGAUGGACUCGCUUCUGAUGUUCAUUCUCAAGAUUCUCCUCCAUCUGUUGAUCAGUUUUUCCGUAAUUACUUACAAAACAAUGGAUUUCUUGAGACUCUUAAUGUCUUUCAGGCAGAAUGGUUUGAUAUUUUCUCGAUUUCGAUUUUUAGGUUCAAGUUCUUGCAUAAAGGUUUAUUGAGUAAAGAAGCUGCCCCAGUUCCUGAUAUUUAUAUACAGAACGAUGAGCUGAGAAAUAUGAUAGAAGAUAUAAGAUCAGAAAAUCUGACUUUAAAAAAUUCAGUUUUGAAACUAAGUGAUGAGUUGAAAAAAGUAAAGAAUGAACGAGAUUAUCACAUGAUCAAGCACAGACAAACGUUACAAGAUAAAGAGAAGCUACACUGUGACGUAAAAAGAGUAAAAGAACAUUAUGCUGAAUAUGAGCCAAUUUUAAGAUUAUUAAGACAAAAAUAUGAAACAGCAAUGAAAGAAAAAACGUUACAUAGAAUUGAACGAGACAAAGCUAUGAACCAAGUUGAAGGACUUCGACAUGCUUUAACUUCAUUGCAAAAAUUAGGUAUAACGUCUAAUGAUGCAAACGAUAUUGAAAAUGUUGAUCUGAAUCAUAAAGUAACUGAGAAAAGGUUGGAAAAUACAACAAGUAGACAGAAUAAAAAAGAAACUGAUCAAAAGUGUAAAAAGAAUUAUAUGAGAUCAGAAAAGUUUAAUAUCCAAACUAAACUGGAUCAUAAUUUGAAAAGGAUUGGAUUUUGUGAUUUAUCUAUUGAUCAUAAAGUGAAUCCAUUAUUGGCAAAACUUACAAAUCAUUCAUAUAAAUUUACACGAUUAGAUAAUAGAAAAUUAGAUAUGAGUAUACGCGCUCAUAAUGCAGCUAUUAGCAAAUUAGCUAUUCAUUCAAAUAAAUCAUGGUUAUGUUCAGUUGGUGAUGAUAAAUUAUGGAAAUUGUGGAAAAUUCCAAAAUUAGAAUUAUUAAUGGAAUAUAAACUAAUAACAAAUGAUUGGAUAUCAUCAAUUGAUUUUCAUCCUAAAGAAGAAAUAUUAGCAACAGGAAAUGCUCAAGGUUCUAUUCAAAUAUGGAAAAUUGACCUUAUCGAUGACAAGAUAUCGGAACAGAAUCAUUGUAAACGUAUUGGUAUUUUACGUCAGCAUACUGGAGCUGUUUGGUCUGUGAAUUGGCAUUGGACUGGUACUUAUUUAGCUAGUUGUGGUAUGGAUAAUACAAUACGUCUAUGGAAUGUUGAACACGCUUUGAUGUCAUUUAAAAUGAAUAAAGAUUUAUUAAGCACACGUUCUGCAACAUCAUGUUGUACAAUACUUAGAGGGCAUAGUAAAUCAGUGAAUUCUAUUCAAUUUUUACCUUAUGGAAAUAUUUUAGUUACUGGUUCAUCAGAUAGAACAGUGUGUUUAUGGGAUGGUCGUUCGGGUUUAUGUGAGCAUACAUUUCUUGGUCAUACACAUUCAAUCAAUUGUGCUAUAUUUAAUCAACAAGGUACCAAUGUGAUAUCAUGUGACAGUGGAGGUUUUAUUCGAUUAUGGGAUCUUCGUAAAAUCAAUAAUUUCUCAUUUGAAACAAAUCUGCCUACCUUAAAAAUGAAAAUGCACAAUAAUAAUAAUAAUAAUAAUAAUAAUAAUAAUAAUAAUAAUAAUAAUGUGGAGGUGAAAUGUUUGCCUACUUGUUUUGAUUUGAAUAAAACUCGAAAAUUUGAUCGUUUCAAUCAUCCUCAUCCUCAUAAACAACAUCCUAAUCAUCAUUCAAAUCCUACAUCUAUACAAUAUAAACAAUUAGAACAACGAAAUAAACUUGGAAUUAAUCAAUUAGUUAUUGAUUUGAAUAGUGAAUAUAUUGUUGCUGGUUGUGAUGAUUCUAAAAUUUAUUGUAUAGAAAUAUCAACUGGUCAAAUAUCUACAUUACAAGGACAUGAUGAUUCGGUUCAAUCCAUUGUAUUAGAUUAUGAAUCAGGAUAUUUAUAUUCAGCAUCCAGUGAUCAAAAGAGUUGUAAUGACACAGAUUCACAAUAUAUGUCGCCUGAUGGUGGGAGGAAUGUAGCAUGA